AUGUCUGGACGAGGCAAAGGAGGAAAGGGACUCGGGAAAGGAGGCGCCAAGCGUCACCGAAAGGUUCUUCGUGAUAAUAUCCAGGGCAUCACCAAGCCCGCUAUCCGUCGCCUGGCUCGCCGCGGUGGUGUGAAGCGUAUCUCUGGUCUGAUCUACGAGGAGACUCGCGGUGUCCUCAAGGUGUUCUUGGAGAACGUGAUCCGUGAUGCUGUAACCUACACCGAGCACGCUAAGAGGAAGACCGUCACCGCCAUGGAUGUGGUCUACGCUCUGAAGAGGCAGGGACGUACCCUGUACGGUUUCGGCGGUUAA